UGGUUGGGCCAUAUGUCUUAAUCCUUUUUUUUUAAAUUAACUAGUGAACAGCUCUGAUUGAUAAGUUAGAAAAUGAUCUCUGACUCAAAUACAAAACAUGCACUUCUAUGUGACUUUUCUGUUUUAAUCCAGCUUUAGGGGAUCCCAUGUUUGCACUGCCCACUCUAAACACACCUCCUCUGGCCCACUCCUCCUCCUCCUCCUCCUCCAGAUGGUGCAGUCUUUUCUUUUGUUUACCCUUCGCCCCUGAGUCACUCUGCAGAUCUUAGCGACCAAACCAUGAAGGCAUCCUCCCGAGCAGCAGCGUCGCCUCCACACCAAGUAUCUUGAUUGAUGUAAGGCGGACACCAGGAUGGAGCCACUAGCGGAGUCGUGCUAAAACUCGAACCCCUGUUCUCACCCAUGUGCUGCAUUCUGCGCCGCUCCUCUUUCCGAAGAAGCCCGACAAAUGACGAGAUAAAAUCGAUCUAAUAAAUGGAAAAAAAGAGGUUUCCCGGGACAAUGUCCAGGCACUUGGACUCAUUGUCCAAGAGGCGCCCCUGUGUUGGAGGUGGGCUAAAUUUCCCUCCCCCACCCCCUGCACCGUAUGGGCGUAUUAAAGCUGUAGAGGUGGCGAGAGGGAGGACGGGGUAUGGCUUUACACUGACCGGCCAGAGCCCCUGUGUCCUCAGCUGCAUCUUAAAAGGAAGUCCAGCGGACUAUGUGGGGCUGCGCUCAGGAGACUACAUCCUCUCUGUCAACGACAUUAAUGUCUCCAAGGCGUCACACGAAGAUGUUGUCAAACUGAUCGGACGGUGCUCGGGCGUUCUGAAGCUCGUCAUCGCCGAGGCGGAGCAUCGCCGGCGCCACCACCAACGCUCCACGGUCAGCCGCCACCACAGCCUCAGUGCAGUGGCAGCAGCGGCUUACCUGGACUCCUGCUCCAGUGAGGAUGAGCUGGACGGUUUCUAUGACAGCAGUGUCAUCAACAACAACAACAACAGCAGGUCUGGGGCUCGCGGAGGCUGGUGUAAACCCAAAGUGGAUUCGAAACAGCUGGGCAUCAACAGAGCGGAGAGAGUGGUGGCGGAGCUGCAGUCCGGCGGCAUCUUUAACAUGAUCUUUGAGAACUCCAGCCACUCCUCCAGCAGCUCGGACAAAGACCGGCCCGGGCUCAGCUCGUCCUCAAAGCCCCGCCCCGUGUCUGACCCGGAGUUCUUCCCGUAUCGAAACCCGUCCCGUUCCCAGAGCAACCCCAACCUUCUCUCCGAGGAGGAGAUGGCCCAGGUUCUGAACGAUGACUCGGUCUUUCUGGAGCCGGACGUUCGCCACCUUCACCUUCACCAUCAGGAGGAGCAGGACUUGGAUGUGGAAGAAGGGGGCGACUUUGUGCUCGAGCCCGGUGAGGGGAUCCUCAAUGUGGGGAUGAUAGUUGGCUACCUUGGCUCCAUUGAGCUGGCUUCCACAGGCACCAACCUGGAGAGUGACAGCCUGCAGGCCAUCAGAGGGAGCAUGAGGCGCCUGAGAGCCGAGCAAAAGAUCCAUUCGUUGGUCCUUAUGAAGGUCAUGCAUGACAGCGUGCGCCUGUGCAGCGACAGGGGUCACGUCUUGGCCACUUAUCCUGCAGAAAAACUGGCUUUCAGCGCCUGCUGUCCUGACGACCGGCGGUUCUUCGGGCUGGUCACCAUGCAGGCCUCCGACGACUACGACGACCAUCACUUCAGCAACGGGCAAGAUGAGGAAGGGGGUCUGAGGACUUCCUGUCACGUGUUCAUUGUGGAUCCAGAGCUUUGUCAACACCAGGUCCAUCUGGGCGUCGCCAGGAGGUUUGGCUUUGAGUGUACCCCUGACCCAGACACAGGAGGCUGCCUGGAAUUCCCCCCCAGUUCUCAGCCUCUCCUCCAGUUUGUCUCUGUCCUCUACCGGGACAUGGGAGACAAUAUCGAGGGAGUGCGAGCACGCGCGUUCCACGACCCGGACAACGACGCCCAGCAGAACCACAGCACCAGCAGCAACAGCGAUAGUGGGAUCGGCAACUUUUUACCCGAAGAGAAGAGCAACCGGGUGCUCUUGGUCGACCUCGGCGGUCCUCCCAGUCACAACCACACGUCCGGGACGCGGCACUGGGACAGCCCGCCUUCGUCCCAGCAGGCGUGGAGCCCCACGCUGGGAGCCUCGGCCGCCGCCCACCCUCCUCCUCCUCCUCUUCCCCCGCCUCCUCCGAUGCUGAGGAACGGCCACUACCUUCACGACGCGCACCUCGCCGACCUCCCUCACCCUCUCCCCUUGGCUCACCCCGACUGCCCCGGCAGGCUGUCUCGAGGGCUCCACCCACACCACUACUCGUCGUCGGGGAAGCUGGGAGGAGAAAGGAGAGGAGGUGGAGCAGCGGGGGCGGAGCCACAGAGGUGGCUGCCCGUCCAUGUGCUGAGAGACUGGCGUCAGCAGCACCACCACAGCCACUUCCAGGGUCUGAGCAGCGAUCAGGAGUCCUACGCCGAGUCCACGGACGGGUGGUCCUCAGCCAACUGCAGCACCCUGCCCCCGCCCAUGAAUAAGAUCCCGGCCGACCGCUAUCGGGCCCCGUUGGCCCCUGGGGACCACCUGCAGAAACCUGCUGGGAGCCAGCCUCCUCCUACGCAUCCCCACACCCACCGGCUGACCGUGCAGAAAGAUGAGUGGGCUAAGAAGCUGUUUGGUGACCGGGAGCGCACCGGAGCACGCAGAAGUGAAAAGGAGAGGAAGCGAGAAGGGAAGGUCGAAGGAAACUUAAAGGAGGGAGAGAAAAAGGGUGGUCGUUUUCGUGGACUGACCAUGGGAUUCCCUCCUCUGCCUCAGCGUUCUUCGGCCAGGCGCUCCUUCGGACGGUCCAAACGUCUCAGCAUGGCUCGCUCUCUGGACGACCUGGAGUCUGCUGCAGUCUCUGAUGGAGAACUGAACAGUGUGGAGCUGCAGGGCUGCAGCAGUGACAAUAGUCUCAACAGUAAUGCCAGCCUGCCCAGUGUCCAGUAUCACCAGCGCCACACGGAGCGGCGAGUGGCCAGCUGGGCCGUGUGCUUCGAGCGGCUGCUGCAGGACCCGGUCGGAGUUCGCUACUUCUCGGAAUUCCUAAAAAAGGAGUUCAGUGAGGAGAAUAUUCUCUUCUGGCAGGCGUGUGAAUUCUUCAGCCAUGUACCUGAGAACGACAACAAGCAGCUUUCCCAGCGUGCCAGAGAGAUCUACAACAGCUUCCUGUCCAGUAAAGCCACGACACCGGUCAACAUAGACAGCCAAGCUCAGCUGGCCGACGACAUCCUCAACGCACCGAAACCCGGCAUGUUCAAGGAGCAGCAGCUGCAGAUCUUUAACCUGAUGAAGUUUGACAGCUACACGCGGUUCCUCAAGUCUCGUCUGUACCAGGAGUGCAUGCUGGCAGAGGUGGAGGGCCGGCCGCUGCCUGACCCGUACCACAUCCCCAGCAGCCCCACCUCCAAACACAGCACCACCGGUUCGGACCGCUCCAACCUCUCCACGCCCAAGAAGGAGGAAAAGAAGAACAAAUCGGGUCGAUCUUUAAACGAGGACAGUCGAGAUGAUUCCGCUGACAGGAAGAAAGGCAUGUUUUUCUCGUGGUCUCGCAACCGGAGCUUCGGCAAAGGCCCAAAGAAACGAGAGCUGGCUGAUUUCAAUUACAACUUCUCUGGUACCAACGGCCGCCGUGAGUCCCAGGGUUCACUGUCUUCAGGAGCCAGUCUGGAACUGGGGACAUCGGGGUCGGGGAAGAACGAGGUGGACGGUCGUGCAGCAGCAGAUCGAGGGGGAAGCAGCACCCCCUUGAGGCAGUGUAACAUCAGCCUUCCUGAUGGCUCUUGUUGCUCUGUCCCUCUGAGGGCUGGAGUGUCCAUCAGAGAGCUGCUGCAGGGUCUUUGUGAGAAGCUCUGCAUCAACCUGGCAGCUAUAGACCUCUUCCUGGUUGGAGGCGAGAAGCCACUUGUUUUAGACCAAGACUGUAUGACCCUGUCCUCUCGAGACCUCAGACUAGAAAAACGGACCCUCUUCAGACUCGACUUGGUUCCCAUCAACCGUUCGGUGGGUUUAAAGGCUAAGCCCACUAAGCCGGUGACCGAGGUCCUGAGGCCCGUGGUGGCGAAGUACGGCCUGCACCUUGCUGACUUGGUGGCACAUAUUAGCGGAGAGUCGGAGCCUUUAGAUUUAGGUCUUCCUAUUUCCAACCUGGACGGUUUACGAGUGGUUUUAGAUAUAGAAGAAAAUAUUCCUGGAAAAGACAAACAAAAGGUAGCUCCCUCUAAGAGCCACCUUCCAGCCUCUACCAGCAGAAACCAAUCAUCCACAGGGGAGGACAGGCCGUCAAGGAAAGCCGGUACAGCCCACCCCCAUGGGGAAAAUGGCAAGGCUGGGCCAGGCCUUGACAAAAGCGGCCAGCCUUUGUCCAACCAUAAGGCUCCAGGGAAAAGAAAGCAGAAAAAGAUAAAUAUAGACGAAGCUGAAGAGUUCUUCGACCUCAUAUCCAAAGCUCAGAGCAACAGAGCCGACGACCAGCGAGGCCUGCUGAACAAGAGCGACCUGCAGCUGCCCGACUUCCUGCGCCUGUCGCCGGCGGCGGGCGACCCCGAGCCCAGCCGCCCCGCCCCUCACUCCCGCCGCCCCGCCAACGGCAGCUUCCCCGGCAGCGGGCGCCGAGGCAACCAGUCCCACAGCCACGACCGGGGAGGCGUGGCCAACGCACACUCGCUCAGCGCGAGCCACCAGUCGCAGAGCCUGGACUCGGCGCUGGGCACGGAGAGCGGAGGGGGCAGCAAACCCAGAGCGCCCCCUUUGUUUUCAGCCGGCGUCUCCCCCGUCCACCCGUCCCGAGCCGCUCCGCACCUCCAGGACUCUGCCAGGGGAGAACCCCUCCAAACGCCUGAGGAGGACACCCUGUCCGAUCUGACUCUUGUGGGAGAGAGUGAUAUCAACAGCCCCAGCCUGCAUUACGUCACUCCCUCGGCCCUUCUGAGUAAAGCCCUGCCCCGACCUCAGCAGCAGGCACAGGACGGGCCGCCUGGCUCAGGUAAAGACAGAAUUGGGUGCAGUGGGAGGGGAAAAGGUGGAAGUGGUUUCAGAAUGCCAAACAGACGGACAACAUCCUCAAACCCCACCCCUUGCUCUCCACCGUCCCCUCCGCCACGCCCCCCUCUCCGUUCUCGCCGCAAAUCAAAAUCUCCGUCGUCCCGCUCCGGCCGCGCAGCCCCCAAACAGGCCCUGGAUUUGGACAAAGUAGGAGGCGCUUCAGACCCGAAGGCCGUCAGGCGCAGAGGACCCCGCGACCUUCAGGGCCUUCAGUUUUCAGAGCUGGACAGGAAGUGGGAGGGCGUGGCCUUGGAGCUGCAGUGCCGCGGCAGCAGGAUGAGGUCGGCGGUCUACCAGACUUCAGACCUGCCCACUAUGGUCAAAGUCAAGAAACAGCUGGAUCAGAGUUAUGGCAAAGGGCAGAUAGAUCGAAGUAAAUUAAAAGCCACUUUUGUUUAAGGAGCCCGAUGUUCGUCUGACUCAAAGUCUGUCCGACGACACUGAUGCUCUGACUCACAGACAGGUGUCGGAGAGUUAAAAAAACUGUCCCUGGCUCCAGACGCCUCACUGAGGGAUGUGGCAGCAGGACGAGGUUCAUCAAAAUCUGGGUUUCAGUUUCAAACAUGAUCACUUUUCACAGAGGCGCUAAUACGAAAGAAACACCAGACUGGAAGAUUCUCAUUACAGCAUAAAAUCAAACAUAAUUUGAGGAGUUUUCCCAAUACGCUGAUAUUCAGUUGUAAUGUGGGUGACCACUCAGCAAAAUUAGACAAAAAAACUCUCACAUGAACAACUGAUAUUAGGCUGCUGCAGUUGCUAUUUAAGCAAAUCGAAAAGAAAAAAUCAGUAGGUCCUCUGGAUGGUUCUUCUUUAGUGAAACGUUUCGUCUCUCCUCCAAGA